AUUGGCCAUAACUGCGCGCUAAUAAAAUAAUCAAAGUGUUAAAAAAACACUUCCCUGGAAAUCCCUGGUGUGCAAGUGUUGAAAAGUGUUCGAUCAACCAAUUUCUAUUUCUUCUGAUUGGUAUUUCGCAAUUAAAGCUAAUAAAAAAAUAUUUUGUGGUGUCGUGUGCGUCUGUAUUUUGUCACAAAAUGCCAUUUGAGUCUGCUUUUUGCGGCAGUUAGUAUUGAAACCGUAAAAGUGUUGAAGUGUUUCGGAAAAAAACAAAACUUUGUCAAGAACUUUUAUCAAAUUUCACCAUUCACAUAGCCAGGCAGUCCGAUUACCUUGUCGCCUUUUCGUUUCACUGAAGUCGACAUGCCGAAAUUAUUGAAUGGUUUAUACAACAGCAGCCAGCAUGGCAUAUCGCCCGAACUAGCCGAAGCGCAACCUAAACUACUCCCCCGGUCAUAUAGAAAUAAAAGACAACAAAGCAAAUUCUGGAUAUUUUCCAUGAUAAUCGAACGCGCCACCUCGGCGGGUAAACGUGCCGAGAUUGAGGAUGCAGACACGCCACUCGAGUCCAUACUGCAACCGGAAACAACUGAACAAGUUUGUCUGUUGCGUGACAGUCCGUAUAGGAUAUUAAGGGCAGCAGAAUCAGGAAAUUUGGAUGAGUUUAAGCGUCUAUAUCAAGCGGAUAAUGGUCGUUUGUCUAUAAAAGAUGGCAAGGGACGAACAGCUGCGCAUCAAGCAGCAGCACGAAAUCGUGUGAAUAUAUUGAGAUAUAUAAAUGAUCAGCAUGGCAAUUUUAACGCAAAGGAUAAUGCAGGAAAUACUCCACUACAUGCGGCAGUUGAAAACGAUUCGUAUGAAGCGCUUAGUUAUUUGCUGUCCCUUCCCGUCGAUACUAGUUUACUCAACGAGAAGAAGCAAGCCCCGGUACAUUUGGCAACCGAAUUGAAUAAGGUACAUGCGCUACGGGUAAUGGGUAAUUACCGUAAAGUAAUCGAUAUACAACAGGGUGGUGAGCACGGACGCACCGCAUUGCAUUUGGCCGCCAUUUAUGAUCAUGAGGAGUGCGCUAGGAUAUUGAUAACCGAAUUUGAAGCAUGUCCCCGUAAACCCUGCAACAAUGGUUAUUAUCCCAUACACGAAGCGGCUAAAAAUGCCAGCUCCAAAACGAUGGAGGUCUUCUUGCAGUGGGGUGAACAACGUGGCUGCCCGCGCGAAGAAAUGAUAUCCUUCUACGAUUCCGAGGGCAAUGUGCCGCUACACUCGGCCGUCCAUGGUGGUGACAUCAAAGCGGUGGAAUUGUGUCUGAAGUCGGGCGCGAAAAUCUCUACACAGCAACAUGAUCUCUCGACGCCAGUGCAUUUGGCGUGCGCACAGGGAGCCAUUGAAAUCGUCAAGCUCAUGUUCAGCAUGCAACCAUCGGAGAAGCUCACUUGCCUCAGUUGCACCGAUGUGCAAAAGAUGACGCCCCUUCACUGCGCCGCCAUGUUCGAUCACCCGGACAUUGUUGAGUAUCUGGUGACGGAGGGUGCUGACAUAAACGCGCUAGACAAGGAACAUCGCUCACCGAUCUUGCUGGCAGCUUCGCGUAGCGGCUGGAAAACUGUGCAUCUGCUUAUACGUCUUGGAGCUAGCAUCAAUGUAAAGGAUGCAUCGUCACGUAAUGUUUUGCAUUUUGUGAUUAUGAAUGGUGGCCGUUUGCCGGAAUUCGCCGAAGAGGUGAACAAAAAGCAAUCGCAUUCUCAACUGUUGCAGUUGCUUAACGAAAAGGACGCAUCUGGCUGCUCUCCAUUACACUACGCCAGCCGUGAUGGUCACAUACGCUCGCUAGAGAAUCUUAUACGGUUGGGCGCUUGCAUUAACCUCAAAAAUAACAACAACGAAAGUCCAUUACACUUUGCUGCUCGCUAUGGUCGCUUUAAUACCGUUAAACAGCUGCUCGAUUCGGAGAAGGGCUCUUUUAUAAUCAACGAAAGUGAUGGCGAAGGACUCACACCGCUACAUAUCGCCUCGCAUCAGGGUCACACGCGUGUGGUACAGUUAUUGCUGAAUAGAGGUGCACUUUUGCAUCGAGAUCACAAUGGACGUAAUCCUCUACAUUUGGCCGCAAUGUCGGGCUACACACAGACUAUUGAGUUGUUGCAUUCCGUGCACUCACAUCUGCUCGAUCAGGUGGACAAGGAUGGAAAUACUGCCCUACAUCUGGCAACCAUGGAGAAUAAACCACAUGCCAUAUCAGUGCUGCUUUCGAUGAGAUGCAAACUAUUUUAUAACUAUAUGGAUAUGAGUGCCAUCGAUUAUGCUAUCUACUACAAAUAUCCCGAAUCCGCACUCGCCAUGGUCACACAUGAGGAACGCGCUAAUGAGGUAAUGGCAUUGCGUUCCGACAAAUAUCCCUGCGUUAUACUGGCAUUAAUUGCUUCAAUGCCCAAAGUGUUCGAGGCUGUGUUGGAUAAGUGCAUAACCAAAGCGAACUGCAAACGCGAUUCAAAGAGCUUUUACAUAAAAUAUUCAUUUCAUCCAUUCCAAAAAUCCCCUGCUGAAAUUGCAAAAAAACGAUUGACACUCAAUGAUCCCAAUUGGAGACCAGAUCCAUUGCUCACCAUAAAUAAAAGAUUUUGUGCCAUUUUAUUAAAAUACCACUUCAUAUUUUCCACAGCUUCUUUGGACACAAUCGCAUUUGAAAGCAACGAUGAUUUCAUAAAUAGUGAGCUGGAGCGUCAGCGGCGUAAAUUGCGGGAUAUCACCCGUCUAUUGGACCAACAACAUCAGCUUUUGCGAUUGAUAGUACAGAAAAUGGAAAUCAAAACCGAGGCUGACGACGUGGAUGAAGGUGUAUCACCAUACGAUCUAAGAGCCGUAUCGAAUUAUGGCAACGGACCAGCAGCUGGGUCACGUUGGACCUCACCACGAAUACGCAAUCGCCUACGAGCUGCGCUCAGUUUCAAUAAAAGUCUAUGAAUAGAUAGAUACACUGACUUAAUUAGUUGAAGAAAAAAUAUAAAAUAAAUAUUAUGCAAAUACUUACAAAUGAUAUUUGCUUUACUUACUCGUACAUAUGUACAUAUGUAUGUAUGUUUGUACAUGCAUAAAUUGUUUUAAGCAGAGACCAUAACGGUCAUAAUAAAAAAUUAUAAAUUAAAUGUUAAAAUUGGAUUUUUAUUUUUCCGAUCAAAUUUAACCGCUUUUGAACAGUCAGCUUAUAAUAAUUCACAUAGAACUGAAAAUUGUUACGAAAGUUGGAAACACCAUUAUAAAUUAAAUGCGAAAAGUCUCCAUCGUUCGCUUAUUUGCAAAAAAAAAAAAACAAAUGUGUUCUAAGUCAAAGGUCAAGGGUUGGUUAUCUAUAAAAACUGUUAUAGCACUUUCGUCUUUAAGAGUUACCAUUUCUGAGAUAUUGCGAUUCAAAAUUUUAGUAAAAGGUGGGUGUCCACUUAUUUAUAUGUAAAUCGUAAAUUUUGAUGGAAAUUAUUGUAUGUAUCUUUGCUUAAGUGCUCAUAACUUCUAUGUUUAUUGUUC